GGUUUUUCUUCUGCACGUUUGAGAAAAAAUCUCAAACGUGCAAACAAAAUGUAAGAAGAAAAAAUAAAUAGGUAUAUUAUUAUACGAAGUGUGUGUAGUGUUAUGGUGUGGAUAUACCGAGUCUUCAAAAUCAUUGAAAAUGAUGCCUUGAAGAUAGAUCCUGACAAAUAUUCUUAAUUUUCUCUGAUGCAGUGUUUGAGGUGUUUUUUAUUUUUACAUUUAAUAAAAGCGCGAUUAAAUAAUUGAUUAAAUAAAUGCGAUCGAUUCUUCAUCAAUUUUCCUUUUCCGAUGACUUCAUAUGCGGCUCUUUCCAAAGAAAGAUAAAGCGAGGUGCGGCUCCAGUUAGUCGAAUAAACUUUCGAUCAUGCGGAGUAAACAAUGAAAUGGAUGAAAACAGAGCGAAAUGGAGUGCGACAAAUGGAAUAAGCCAGUCAGGAUGAUAACCGCACACAAUGUAGUAAUGUACACAUCAUAGUCUAGUAUCCUCCCGACCGCUAUUUUUGGAACAACACGCCUCACUUAAUGUCCGUGGUGUAUUAAUAUGUUUUAUGAUUCCAAUGUAUCAAAAUACAUGACGAUGUGAUUUAGCAGGUAUCACACACAUACACGCACGCGCGCGCGCGCCCACACACACACACACACACACACACACUUUCGAAACUAAAAAAUUUUUGUGAUUCUUGAUUUCUUAUUAGCAAUAGAAUUUGCAUUGUUUAUUAUACAAAUUGUUUAGAUAGAACUUAAGUUAAUUUUAAAUUUACUAAUCAAAGUUAUUUAGAAUUAGUAUUUAUACAAGAAUUUUUACUAAAAUUUAAAUCAGUUAUGUUGAGGAAUCAGAUUUUAGAUUUUUUUCGUAAUAUUCAUUUUUUAAUUUCAUUAUUUCUCUCUCUCUAUUUUUCAAACUUAAGGUACUUAAUCUAAUCGGUUUUUAUGUUUAAAAGAAUGCUGUAUAACUAUUGUCGAAAGAAAUGUCUCCAAACAUGCAUCGUGUCUCAAUCACUGAUGCACAAUAUAAAUCCUAGGAGAUUUUGAAUGCUAAAAUCAGAAAGAAAUUAUAAGCGCGAAGAAGAGAAUAAAGCGGAAGAAAAGCAUAAGAAGUAGAAGAAAAAGUAGACGAAGGGGCGGAGUUAAAUCAGAGUGAGUUAGAUAAGGAGACUUGUGGUGUAUGUACUCCAUACCAAAGGGUCCACCACACGCGUCAGUAACGUUCAUCAGUCUGCGGUCGAACGUCUGCCGAAAUAACGGGAGCGGUUCAAGCACCGCGUAGCAAUAUUUACAACACCUACCAAGUAUACGCAUAAUUAAAAACACAUAAUUAAAAAAGAAGAGUGUAACGUUGAUUUGUAGAAAUAAAUGAGCGAUAAGUGAGCAGUGCGGAUUCGUCAAAUAAACAGAGAAAAUUAAUUCUUUUUUAUAAAAAAAAAGAGAUAAAACUGCUAAUAAAGAAAAUAUAGAAAAAUGAUAAUAGAUACAUAGACAUCUGAAAGUGCAUGCAUUUAAUUACAAGAAAAACGAGUUGUUUAAACAAGUUGAAUUGCAACGAUCGAGAGCAGAUUACAAGGAAGAAAGAGGAUAAUUGGAGCAAAUUGUUCGGAGAUAGCGACUUAAUUGGACGCCAUAAAGUACUAGAGUAAUUUCUGAAGGAAUACCUUUCGCGAGUUAACAAUAGUUACAAUGUAACGCCACGAAACGAUUCAGUAUGAGCUCCUGCCGUUCGAGGCCAAAGUUCAAGUUGUUGUCGCGGCCACUAGGCAGGGAUCGGUAUCCGAGUAUCCGAGUAUUCCGAGAAGGUCAUAAAAAUAUAUCGAUAUGACUAAUGGUGUGUUCUUAACGGGAGAGCGAGCGAACGUGAAGAAAUACGAAAAUUAAUUGAUUCUGCAGGCGCGAUAAGGCGUCUCGAAAUAUAUAUAUAUAUAUAUAUAUAUUUCGGAGGGUGCACGCUUCCUCUGCUUCUCUUUAUAUCGCGAGAAAAUUCAGAGAAUUAACAGAAUAGAUAGAAAACACCAAUGAAUGAAAGAAGAAAUGACGAAAAGUGGGAGAGAAAAGUUAGCGCGCUUAAUUGCGUGCAAGGGUCGUUGAUCCAGUCGCGAUUGUUCCGCGAAAGAUAGUCGCGGCGAUCUUUGAUUUUCUGAAGAAUGCGAAGGAAGAGGGACCGUUUUCCGCGAUAAAAGAUGGAGCACGUUUCAAACGAUACGAUCUUCGAAAUAGCUUCAAAGGAAGGAGACAUCAAGCCAUUUACGCGAUCCGUGACUAUCGUCGCUGCUGUUUGCGCUAUAAUAUUCAGCAUUAUUGGAAUAUUAGGUAAUUUAAUAACCGUAAUCGCAUUAUUAAAAUAUGCCAGAUUGAGACGACACGCCACUACGGCGUUUGUGAUAAGUCUAAGCGUCUCCGACUUGAUUUUCUCGGCGGUAAACUUGCCUCUGACGGCAAGUAGAUACUUGAAUGAAGCGUGGGUUCUGGGCGAGACUCUAUGCACGAUAUUUCCUUUAUUCUUCUAUGGAAACGUCGCCGUCUCUUUACUCAGCAUGGUGGCCAUUACUAUCAACAGGUAUAUACUGAUCUCGCGAUCGGAUAUUUACAACCAGUUAUAUACUAAUCGCGGCAUAACGUUGAUGUUGAUAGUCGUAUGGACCUUGAGUUUCUUGAUGCUGUUGCCGCCCUUGUUAGGCAUCUGGGGUACCCUAGGACUGGAUUCAGCCACUUUUUCCUGUACCAUACUGAAAAAAAAUGGCUUGAGCCCGAAGAAAUUCCUGUUUGUUCUGGGCUUUAUCGUGCCAUGCGUGGUGAUCAGUGUUUCGUAUCUCUGCAUAUAUUGGCGCGUACGGAAGAGUCGGAAGAAUCUCGAGGCUCAUACGGCGGAGAGCGGUCGACGAGUCGGUGGCUUUCAACGGCGGGAGGACUCUAGAGUGACCAAAUUAAUGCUCACCAUAUUUCUCUGUUUUCUCAUGUGCUUCAUGCCAUUGAUGCUGAUGAACGUGAUGGACGACAAGAUGAAGAUUCCGAUACUUCAUAUAGUGGCGUCCGUGCUUGCUUGGGCAUCCGCGGUGAUAAAUCCGUUUAUUUACGCUGGCACCAAUAAACUGUACAGAGAGGCUUACAAACAGCUUCUGUGCCCCAGUUCGAACAAGACGCGCGCGAUCGGUCCCAAACCGACGCAUUCUCACUCGAGCAAGUUCUCGUCGCCCCACACGAUGUAAAAAUAUCUUUCGUUCCGGUACGUCGUGUCGCAUUGGCUUAACGAGUAAAAGGUUGACGCGUAAUAAAACUUUUUAUCUUAUCAUAAAAAAUUGAGUGUUUUCCUUACGAAAAAAAUACUCCCCAAAAUAUACUAAUAUGAGUGUCAUUUCGAAUGGCCAACGCCUAAUUGGGUAUAUUUUUUCAUAAGGAAAAACUAAACCAUGUAGCAGAGUA